GUUCGCGCGCGGCGGUUUGUGUGCCAACAGUGCGGGCGGCGCAGAUCUGCAGAAGCGGCCACUGUGGUGCCCAGACGGUAGCGAGCGCCCGGCGAGGAGAGAAAGUGCUGCGUCUUUCGGUACCUCGCUUGCAAACAGCUGACCAGGAUCCAGUUCUAAGUUGACGCCAACAUCAUCUGAAUACAAAAUGACCACUGCUAGAAGGAAAGCUGUUUUUCUGCCAUACUAUUUGCUUGUGGCUGUGGUGUUGAUUGCUGUGCUGAUCUGUGAUGUCCAGCAUGCUGUAGCAGAUCCUGUUCCAGGGCCAUGCAUCAAGGAUGACCAUAUGUGUGUCAGAGAUGCUGAAUGCUGCAAUGGUUGCUGCCUGGAAGGAAAAUGUGUCAAAUACGCGGACCGGUGCUCGCCGGCGGCGAACGCGUGCUCGGUGCACGAGUGCCCGCCGGGCCGCGAGUGCUACCUGCACCAGGUGCAGUGCGCCACCGCCGACUGCCCGCCCAUCCCGGCCUGCCGGGACCCCGACUACGACGACUACGACGAGUAGGCUCUCCACCGUGCUCUGCCGUGGAGCCACUCCACAGCGUCUGUCUCAGGGAACCCGCAGGACCUAACAGCCUCACUCACCCGCUUCACUUCUUCUGCUUAACGAGACACCUGCUCGGUGGUUCAGUGUCUGGCACUCCAUGAAAAAUCAUUGAUAAUUUGCGAGCAUACACUCAGGUGUCAGAAUUGAACUGCCCCAGAAAAUAUUUCGUACGCCUUAAGGUAGGCAACCCAACCUCCAUCAUGUGCUCCAGGUACUAAUCGAGUAAGCUGGGUUGCCUAUCUUAAGGGGCAUCAAAUAUUUUCCAAGCCAUUUCACUUCUGCCCACACUAUGUAAAACACCCCCAUGGGACUUGUUACCAUCUGUGAAGUUGUCACGGCCAUAUUUUCCAGGUGUGAAAUUCGUCUGUCCAAAAGAGUGUCGAUCUCUUCUUAAAUACACACUAGUAAUAAAAAUGCGAUACUGAGUUAGAGGGAUCAUAGGGGGCAUCUUGAGCAGAGAAAGCCAAGUCUGGAAAACUCAUCCAACAGAGGUACAGAGCGUCUGCAGAGAUUAACUCUCCGACAAAUGAGAUGAGAUUUUUCGGUACCAAAUUCCAAGCACAGUUGUGAUAGGCGUGGACACCUUCGGCGCCAUCUAAGGUCCUCAGUGCUUUCAGAUGUUUGCCGUCGAAGGGACUAUCGGCAGGGUUUGUCCCCUGUAGUUUCGACGCUCUGUAGAUCACUGGAUGAUUUUUCCGGACAUACCUUCCUAAACUCAUUUUUCCAAAUUUCUAAUUAGUUUAUCCGCAUUUGGGCAUUGAAAUGAGUGAAUGGUAACACUUAAAAGUUCGUGUCGGCCCGGCACUCUACUCUGGAUCUCCCGCCACCGCCAUCUGAGCAUGUUCCUCAUGCAACCCAAAUUCCCAGCCUGUUAUAAACUGUUGACUUAGCGUCGCAUACCCAUGAACCACUUACUCGCAGUCCCUGUGUCGCGGAAGAGCUUGGGCAUGGCGUGCAUUCGCACCGAAGACAGGAUCACUGGUCGUCGACACCCGAUCUCUUACGGGAAUCUGGAACUGUGAGUAACGGGUUCUUGGGUAGGCGUGUAACAGGCUUGGAACUUGGGCUGGAUGGGAAGUGUGAUCGGAUGGCCGAUGCGGUUGAGGCGCCCGCUCGCGUUGAGCGGGAGGUACGGGUCCGAGUCCCGGUCCGAAACAAAUCUUCACCUAUUAUCAAUGAUUCAUUUCAAUGCGGCUAAUGUCGUUAAACCAUUAGCGCAAUCUAUUGUGUGGCCACUGGAUCAAAUAAGAUGUCUGUUCUUCCGAAACUCACUUUUGGUCCUAAAGAGAGUUUCUACAACCUUUGAAAGUUUGUCGGUAUCCUUUUAUUUAACUCUGCGUAUUGCUUGUAAAUUUACUUGUUUUAUCUACUGGGAAAUGCUUCUUUAAUGUACUUAUUUCAAUAACAAGUGAGCUUUUUCAGACAUUCAGUGCUUUCCAGUAUGAAUAUUUCACUCUGCAGAAGAAUGUGCGGUAUUCAGAAACAUUAUGGAUUAUUAAAACUGUGUGCCGGACCAAGUACCCAACAAGGAACCUUGUACACUGCGGGCGUUGCUGUUACCGACUGAGCUAUCCGGGUACGGCUUACGACUCGUUCUCACGGCUUCGUCGUGGUAUUGGGAGAAUGGAAGUUAAAGCUGUGAGGGCAACUUGUAAGUUGUACCUGUAUGGCUCAGUCGGUAAGCGGUUCCAGAUUCGAGAAUCAGUACGGGACACAAUUUUAAUCCGUCAGGACGUUUCAUUCGAAACUUUAUCUGCACAUUUACAUUCGUCCAACGUUUUGAAUUAUCCAUAGUUGGGUACAAAACUGCAGAAGGUGCGAUAGAAAUGUACACAAGUGUCCUGUUGAAACGAAUUCAACAGUAAAAAUAAGUCAUGACAGUAACUGCAUAUGAAGUAAGUCUUGUAGCUUGGAAAUAGUAUGUACGACUUUCUACAUCGUGCAAAUUUCACAUAAUGUUCUACAGUUUCUGGUAGUAAUAGCGUAAGCACGAAACUAAAAGCUAAAUACGAACAUGUAAAACUCAAAAUGUUAACAGAAUUUUAAAAAUGUACGAAUUUACAAUAUAAUAGGCGCUAACCCCCUACACCAUUGUUUAUUGUACCUGUGGAAGAUAUCCUACAGGAUGGCGGGGUUAAUCUUCCCGUUGCAGUUGUGAACAGUGAAACUAAAACUUCUUUAAUAAUUGAGAAUUCAACAAAUUACUACAUCUUUCAUCAUCAAAGCAAUUCGAGACAGUAUGGAGUACGUUCGAUGUCGAGAAUAAACAUACAUUUACAAUUAAGUAGUGAUACACAAUUAUAUGGCUUUAAAACAUCCGUAUCUGGCAAAAAUUUGCAGAGAGUGACGAAGUCUUACGUGCAUAUAAUUUAUGGUGUCAUAUUUAAAAUACAUAAAUAUCAAAAAGCAUGGACAAGAUUUUGGUAGGAAUUAAGAAGUGGCAGUUCGUACACAACGCAUAAAACCGACCCUUAGAACGCAGUGAAACUUUCUCGCAUCAGUCGUUUUAUGAUAUUAGAAGUAAGACAGAAUACGUAAAAAAAUAGACAUUAAUUUGUCGGUAAUUGCUUUAGAUAUUUUUUAACUGUGAGAAAGUUGCUGCGUCGUGUGAACAUAAAAAAAGUGACGGAGAGGAAUAAGUUUUAAGGUACUGUCGUUUGUCGCAUCACACGCACUAAGCAAAAUUUUUGAGGUGAUGGAAUGAUAGCUUCUGAUUUUUGAUGAUUUUUGAACGUUGUCGAUUUGCAGCUGACGUAAAUCAACAUUUCAUUUCAAAAUUACUGUCCACCUUCUGAAAACUGUGAGUAAUGGGAGUACGUAAAUCUAUAGAAUCAUUCAAAGAUGUUUUUUCGUACUUAUGCAUUUACAAAGGCAUAAGCCUGAAAAAAGGUAAAUGACUACACUUUGUAAGGAGUGCCACCUCGAGUUCCUUGGAGACUCACUAUUUUCAAGCCAUAGUGAUGUCUACAGAUAUACCAAGAGUGUAAAUAUUUGACUUACAGAAGUCUUUACUUAUGUAGCAGCAGACAUUUCUAAGCGGAACCAUUGUAAUACGAAUGUUAGUUUUAUUGUUUAUAGUUACCUCAGCAGACGUUAUGAAUAAUCUAUAAUUUGUAGCUUAGAACAAUGCAAGUAUGGAAAAAAUACUUAUGUGUAGAGUAGCGAUUUAUGAAAUGCUUAUUUAUAAUUGUGAAAAUAAAUAUGAGUACUUAA